AGCAGUCUCCGAGAACGGACGCGACGUGCUGUACAGUACUGUUCGCGACUUUCCAUGUGCUUCCACUUUUAUUUGUAAUACUUUUAAAAGCCGCUUUGUUAAAUAAAAUGAAAACAUUCUAAAUAUAUUUUAUAAAAUAUUUUAACUACGAAUUGUGUUAUUUAAUUUUGAGAAAAUCAAAACGUUUUUGUGAUAAGAUGGCGACAGCGACUUUAUCAGUGCCGGACAACCAGAGUGUGGAGUUCGGCAUCGCGACGCUGCUGGAGAAGGUCAGCGCAAUGCGUCGCGACGAUACCGGGCCUCCGCGCCUUCUGCCAGCCAAGGCGGAGAUGCGCACUUUGGAGUUCUGGAGGUCCAUCAUCUCCGAGUGUCUAGCUUCCUUCUUCUACGUGUUCGUGGUGUGCGGGGCCUCUGUUGCCGUCGCUCCCUCGGGCUCCCCGGGCCUCCUCGUCAUCGCCAACGCGCUGGCGUCGGGCUUCGCCAUCGCCGCCCUCACCCAGUCCUUCGGCCACGUCUCAGGAGCCCACGUGAACCCAGCGGUCAGCGUCGCCAUGGCUGUUACCAGGAACAUCUCUUACCUUCGGGCACUGUUGUUCAUCACGGCCCAGAGUGGAGGCAGUAUCGCGGGAGCUGCGCUCCUCUACGGAGUGACGUUACCAAGCCGUGUCUACCCAGGGGACGACAAGAGGAUGCCGGUCACCCUGUCCCAAGUGUUGGUGGCUACUCAGACUCCUUGGCAGAAGUUCGGGAUCGAGGUCGUGCUCUCGUUCAUUAUAGUCUACACGUACUUCGUCACCAUGGACUCGCACCGGAAGUGGUUGAGCAGCUCCGGCCUCAGCAUCGGGGCAGCGUACCUCGCUUGCAGCCUAGUAGCCACAUCUGGUACUCCUGCCCAAGGUUCCAGUAAUCCUGCCCUGAACCCUGCCAGAGCCCUUGGCCCUGCGUUUGUCAUGAACAAGUGGGACUUUCACUGGGUAUUUUGGUCCGGUCCAAUUCUUGGAGGAAUAGCAGCUGGACUUAUUUAUGAGUUUAUUUUCAAUCCUCGAAGGCAUGCUAAUCAAUCGAAGGACUCUAUAGAUGGAGACUCUUCAAGUAUACACUCGGACGAAGACACAUACGAUGAGCUGGACAAACCUCGCUCUACAUACAAUACUCUGCGGUCAGUACAGCCAGGAGGUGCACUCUACGGUCCAGUCGGCAACCUCACGCCUGCUUCACCCUCAGGAGGUCCAGCAUACUGCCCCAGUCUCGCCUCUGCCAGCCUCUACUCUGCUCCUCCUUGCAAGUUGGACAGGGUAGAGUCACUGUACGGUGGUACCAAGUCUCUCUACGCCAAGUCUCCUCCUCUCACCCGGGCCAACCUGAACCGCUCUCAGUCGGUCUACACCAAAUCAUCUGGACCCAUCGUGCACAGAGAAGGAGUGGUGCCGCGGCCAGGACCACUGGUUCCAGCGCAGUCGCUGUACCCUAUGCGACUGAACGCAACAGGAGCCAGCUCCAACACUACAGCGGCCAAUCAGAACCAGCAGAACCAACAACGGCUAGGUGGUGAGAGCGUAUACGGCGUCCGGUCUGUCAACAAUGGCACAGGCGGCAUUUACGGCAAGGUGCCAGGCAGGCCAGAGUCCGUGUACGGCACACGACGCCAGGACUCGGCCGACUCCUCGUACGGCAGCUACCAGUCUAAUCAGGGCCGUGGCAACUCGGGCAACUAUGCCCAGAACAUCAAGCAGGCCAGUAACUUCCACGGGCAGCAACAGCAGGGCACGGUGAGGCAGUCUCCGCAACAGACAAUAGGAGUCCCCAUGCCAGGACCGCCCCCACCCUACCUGCAGCACACUCAGCGCAACUCCCCUGACCCGCAAUACUGACCAAACCUCGACAGUGGCAGGUGCCUCGAAGUAUGACCGCCACCGCCAACUACGAUUGUGCAUUGUAAGAUAAUUUAGCUAUAAGAGUUUGUAUAGUGUAAAUAUCGCUUUAGUUAAUUCAGUUUUAAGGUCAAUACCAUACCAAAAGAGACAAUAUCAAUGUUAUCAUAAGUUUGUUGAUUAGCUUGUUGUAACUAAAAUUAAAGGAAUAUAUUGGUUUAUAGUUAUUAGUAACAAUCUGUUCCAUGUUUUGUCAUUUAGAAUUUUGUUUUUUUUUUUCAAACGAAAAUUAAGUUAUUUUAUAAAUAAAAUACACAGCCUUAGGAAUAAUUAAAUAUAAAGUUUAUCAUUCUACUUUUUGAGUACUACACUAAAAAAAAUUAUUAUUAUUAUUAUUAAUUACAAGAGAUUUGAGUUUUAACAAAAGUUCAGUUUAACUGACAAGACUAUCCAAUUUUACCUUAUUUUUGUUGUCUAAAAUGACUAGGUCUUAUAUUUUGAACGAAUAAAAAUGUUACCCCAUGGUUUACUAAAUAGAAUUUUCUAUCUAUGAGUUUUUAUUUUUUAAAAUGUUGCCAAAUAGACCUGAUGUAUUAUGAAGCCUCAAAGAGAGACAAUUUUAUUAUAACUAGUUGAAAGUAGGGAAGAUUUAAGAUAGUUUGUUGAUAAGGUUGGAAGUCCGGGAACCGUUGUAAGUUGCUAAAGAAAGUAUUACAUCAUUGGAAAAACACAAGAUUUUACUCAUGUACCACAAUUUUUAAUUUCAAAUAAUUGUUUAUUGAAUUACUUUUCUUAUAAAAUAUAAUAUUUAACAAUCUAUGCGGAACUUUAGGAUUGGAGUAAUCUUUACUUUAUAAUAAUGAGUCACUUUGAAUUGUAUGCUUUAAAUUUGAUUAUAUUAGGCUAUUUGUUGUACCAAAAAAGGGUGGAUAUACUUCACAAAAUUUAAAAUCUACAAAAAAUUCAACAUAUUUAAAUUUAGUUUUAUAUGUAUAAAUUGUGUUUUCUAAUUGUAGAUAUUACAUAAAUUACUGAUACUUUUAUAAUGCAUUAUCUAUAAUUUGUUUAAAUUUAAAUGAUGUAAUCUUAAGAAUAAUUUUUGUUAUUUCUUUUGUGAUUGCAUUACAAUAAAAUAGCUCCCAUAACAGGUGACCAAUAUUUAUAGAAUUGCUUGAAUGGAUAAAAAAAAUGAAGCAUAUGUCUCAAAACACAGUUUUACUUUUAUCUGUCUUUAUGUGUGUUAUAAAAGUUGCUUUGCCAGAAGGCAAUAUGGUGUUUAGUGCUUAGAGUGAAAUAAGCAAAGUUGCAAUUAGCACACAUUCUAUUUACGUAUUCAUAAUGUAAUGGUUUGAAGUGUUUGAAACACAAAUAUCAUGACAAAUUAAGGAUUAAUAGGACAUUAAACGGUAAAUAAUUAUGAAAUAUAUGCAAUUUGUUUUUCAACCUUUGCACAUCAGUAACAUAACCAGGAUUUACUAAAAGGGGUUUACUAAAAGUUUAUAGACAAUAGAAAACACUUGAUGAGGGUCAUGCUAAACAUAAAUCAGUUGAUUGUCAACUCUGUUUUAUUGUUACUGAGUGGAUUAAUUUUUUCGAAUACUUUUUUCUUUGUUUAUAUUUGGGGCUCCUUUCUUGCAAGGUUGCAUAUCAGAAAUAGUGCAUAUUAUCCCUUCUCGUGGAAUCUCAACAGGAAAAAAAAGGCCCUUAUCUUCAACCUUUACCCAUCCCAAAUAUUCUAUCACUCUGUAAACAAGCGAAAAGGUCCUUUUUAACACGUUUACGACAACAUGUACUCAAUUGAGUACAUGUGAUCUUUCACAUCUACCAUCAUGUACCCGAUUGAGUACACACUGGGCUUGUGUAAAGUGCGCCGUGCACCCGAUGGGAUUGCUAUGCAUUUCCUCUUUGCAUUUUUAUUGUAUGCCUGUCUUGGUGGUUUGUUAAAUUUGAGCCUAUGCUUAAAUAAAUACCUUAGACUAUCGUGUACCUCGUCGGGUGCACAAUUGCUUAAUUUUUAAGGUAAAUUAAUUUUUUUAGGUACCCCUUGGGGUACAUAGAGGAAAAUUAUAAAAACAUAAUAAAAUAAUUGUUUUUGUGCAAAAUUGCGAAGCUUACAUACAUUUCUUCUUAUACUGAGAAGUUUGACGUUAAAAAACAGUUUUUUGUCAUUAUUAUUGAAAAGUUCAGCAAAUAAAAAAAGUCCAGAAAAAAGCCAUUGUUGUGAACGUGUUAAGACUAAUUUUACUCAGCUUCUUGCCCUAAGUAAAAAAAAAAAAAAAAAAAAAAAAAAAAAAAAAAAAAAAAAAAAAAAAAAAAAAAAAAAACACUGGGUGUGAGAUAAAUAAACUUAGUUAUUAUGAUUGAUUCUUAUACCAAAUGGGCAGUGCGGCAAACUGCAAAAAAGUUUUUUCAAGCAUAAAUACUCGAAUAUGAGCUCAAUGCAGCAGAAAUUCACCAUCAUGAAUCAGCUGAGUACAUACUAAAUAAACUACAAAUGUAUGUGCGAAUCUGGUGAGGUAAAUUUUAAGAUAGGUUCAUAAUGACAAACAAAACCAAAUGGCAACGAAAAGAAAGAGUUGUAUCAACACAAAGAAAUAUAACUUCAUUACCAAUAUUCGUUAAGAAAUUUACAACAAUAAAAGUAUAUAGUUAAAAUCUAACAAAUAAUAAAACAUGCAGACAGAUAGAAAAGAAUGUAUUUUACUGUAGUAUGUUGUUUCAUUACUGUAUAUAUUGUUUCUUUUUAAGACUCAAAGAUAUUUUUUAAAUACUGGUCAGUUGUUAUGGGACACCCUGCAUAUAAAUAAAUGCUAUGCACAUAUUGACUAGGGUCAAUAGUGUGAUAGUGGUUAUUACUAUUGCCAUACAACAAAAACACCCACUCAAUAUAACGUGAAUCUUUGUUUAGUAUUUAUUUAUCACCCUCAAAUCGAUAAUAGUUAUAAUUUGUUAUUGCAGAUAUUUUUGAUAAUUACAAUGAGAUUUAUUAUGUCCAGUGGUGCCUGUGCAUACCCCUGAUCAAAGUUUUACUUAUGUACAAGUAGGUUCAUGACAAGAAGUAAUUUUUAAAAUGUAUAUUUUAUACAUCUACCUCAUCUUAAUAUAAUUUCAUGGAGCCAGUAAAUGUGUACUCAAUUUUGUAAAGUGUUUAAUAUUUUUUAGUAAAGUAAAAUUAGUUUGUAUCAUAGUACCAUGUAUUGUAUAUAGAUUAAUAUUUGAAAAUGUCUUACUGAAUAAAAUAUUGGAAAAGAG